CACUUUCAUUUUCAACAGCGGCCGAUUUUUAGGGUUUCUUUUUUCAGUAUUUGGUUCUCUCCCCUACGAAAUUCUUUGGAAAGAUUUUCCAUUUGAGGCUCGAUUUAAGGUUUUUGUCGCGGGGAAUCAUAGGGUUUUUGUUAGUUUUGAGUUAUGGAUUCAAUCAGAUCGUCAUAUUGGUGUUACAGAUGCGAUCGGUUCAUUAGGAUCCGGGUUCGAGAACAAGAUUCGAUCCUUUGCCCCGAUUGCGGGGGUGGAUUCGUCGAAGAAACCGAAACACCCCUUGACCACGGUUUCCCGUCGACGGUGGUCAAUGACUCGAGCCCGGGUCUGGCGAGUCCGGGACCGAGUCCCAGUCCGAGAUUCCAGCGGGCUCGUAGAAUUGGAGCGGAUCGAUCUCCCUUCAACCCUGUAAUAGUGCUACGUGGACCCCCCACCGACUCCGGUGUCGGCAACAAUGGAACCUCCGGAGGCUACGAGCUUUACUACGAUGACGGGACCGGGUCGAGUCUCCGGUCAUUACCUGCGAGCAUGUCGGAGUUCCUGAUGGGUUCGGGAUUCGAACGCCUCCUUGACCAGUUGAUACAACUGGAGGUGAACGGGGUUGAGAGAUUGGAGCAAGCACCAGCUUCGAAGGUCGCGAUCGAGUCUAUGCCGGUGAUUAAGAUCGUAGAAAGCCAUGUCUCGGAGGAAACAUGCUGUGCUGUCUGCAAAGAGCCUUUCGAGGUAGAUACCGAGGCGCGUGAGAUGCCCUGUUUGACAAUAUGGAGACUUCCUGGUGGUGGUUUUGCUGUUGGGAGGUUUAAUGGCGGAAUGAGAGGAGGUGAGAGGGAGUUUCCUGUUGUUUUCACUGAAAUGGAUGGUGGGUUCAACGCCCCGGGUGCCCCGAGGAGGUUUUUCUUCGAGCCAAUUGAGGGACGUUCCCGAGAGAGGGGUCGGUUAAGGCGUGCUUUUCGAGGGUUUAUCUCAUUCUUUGGUAGAUUAAGAAGGGGUUCUAGUUCAUCAGCCGCUAGUUAAUCCGGUUUAACCAGAAGAAGUCGGUCCAUUUCGGUGUGUUCAUCAGAUCAUCAUGGACAUGGAUGCGGAAUGAAGAGUGGAAUUGGAAUGUGGAUGGUUAUAUACAUGGAUUGUAUCGUGCUUUACUUUAUAUGCUCCUAUACAGUCUACAUUUUCGCUGAAAACUGAAAUCCGAGUCACUGCUAGAGAAUGGAAGCUUGUAAAAUGGUAUUGAUUCAGCUCUGCAAAUAACAAGGGGGCAAUGAAGAUGUGAAGGUAUUUUGGGUAUAGACUCUCUACCAAAUGAAAAGUUUUUGUUUCAUGAUGCCUUUUUUGAUAAUGAGGAAUGUAUGAAUAUGGUGUUUGCUUGAAUGGAAUGCCCCCUUGCUUUGGUGGGCAUUGAGAGGGUAGUUUUGUACACAAGUCAUCAUGUAAAUUUGUAAAUCGUAUCGAUUAGAAUCCGAAUUCGUUCUUUAGGAGAGUCUUGGUUCGGUCCAUUUCAUAAGGUCUACUCUUGUUAGAGUCGGGUUGCGAGCUUUUCUAUGAAUCCAUAGUCGUCUCAAACAUUUUCGGGACACCAUUUUGUUCUCUUUCUGCAUUGGCUUUGAAGGCCUCAUUCACUCGUGAGUAAUUUACGGAUCCUGGUUAUACUCUUUGCCUCGAGAUUUCGAGUUCUCGUCUAGUGUGGGCCUGUGGGGAUGAGUACAGGUAUGUUGUAGGCAAAAAGCCGAUUUUCGUGUUUGAAUUCAGGUUUUGGUCGACGAGUAACCAAUGUUGUGUGGGUUCUCGAGCUAGAGAGAGCCGAGGGCGAUGAGGGUUAGAAUUAAGCUGGCGAAGGGGCGAUUUUAAGGGUUAGUCGCUCGAUUUGGAGGGGAAAUUAUAGAAGGGAGGCGAUGAGGCGAGGUCCGUUGCUCAUCCAUCGCCACACCUCGCCGUUUGUAGGGCUUUCACCGGUCGCCUUUCGCUCUUAGGAUUUCGGAUAAGCCUUUUCUCGUCUCUUGCCGCCCCUCGGCCUAGUCGAGCGAGACUUACCCCAUCACGACCUCGACCCUUCUUUUUUCGCGUUCUCGUAAUCAGAAAGAUUCAACAGAAAAACCCGGACAACCAAUUUGAACACACCAUAUAAUAAUACAUCACAAUUGCUCGUU